AUGCGAAGAGGCGGGCGCCCCAGGCGAGGCUUCUUUGGCCCGGCGGCGUUCUCAAUCGCAUUCAUCGCGCAGGUUGGCGCAACCCUCAACAAUGGGCUUAAGAACCUGCCGUCAAAUUACACUCGCACGAUCGGAACGCCGGGUUAUAAUGUCUCCGAGACCUUUCCUGGCAGUGAAUUAGAUUGGGAGCUCUCAUUAAACUUCUGGUCUGACGUUCCUGGUCAAGUACGAGGGAGGGAUGAUCUUUACUUGGCCGCAAUUCAGCUUGUGUGGGACCCGCCAAGCAGUAUCUCACGGGAAAGUGAUGGAAGUGUGAAGGUUGAUUCGCGUUUCUACUACUGCCUCAGUCCAUUGAAAUACAGAGAUCCCAAAGUCAAGGCAGGUGAAGCCCUGGACGCAAGGUGCGAGGGGGCAAUUUCGGACUCGUGUCUCGAUGAUCUGCAGGAAAUGAUCGAGGACGAGUCGUGGUGCGCCACCUCGAGCUGGCCGAGUUCAUGCAUGGAGCAUUCGCUGGAUAAUGCUGAGCUGCACAUGUACGGCCGAGUGAAUUUAACGAAUACUCCAAACUCUCUUGUUACGUUCCCUUACAACCCCGACGGGCACGAAAAAGGAGACACAACAGAGUUCGAGGAGGCGAUGGAUGUGACCUGGAUUGUUAUGACGGGAUUUGCGGAAGCUACAGCGGAUGGAAGGCUGGCGACAAACUCGAACGUAAGACUCAAGAGUGGCAUAUCAUGCAUUCGUGGUUCUAGUCCAACAAAGGUCACAUCAAUCGGGAGCAGUGUGGUAGAAGCUCUCCCAACAGUGACAUCACUUGUAGUAGGGUUUGUGUUUAUGACUGUCUGGCUUUCAUCCACUUGGCCGUGUUUAUGA